AUGAACAUCAACUACAACGAAGACACUGAAUUCAACGAUGCCCUCCGCAAACACGGCAUCAUCCCCCAGCGCGAAACCACCCCUCCCACACCCUCCCCACCCGGCUCUCCAAAACUAGAAGACACGCUCGAUGACCUUGGGGAUGACGAACUCAAGGCGCUUGAAGAGGACGUGAACAAUGAGGAGAUGGAGCGCACCAUCGAGGCGUACCGACGGCAGCGCGCCGCCGAGGAGCGCCGCGAGCAGAAGCGCGCCCGAUUCGGCAGCAUCAUCCCCAUCAACAGGGACGAGUACACGCGGGAGGUGACAGAGGCGAGCAAGGUCGACGAGGAGGGGGACGAGGAGGAGAGUGGAACAGGUGUCAUUUGCUUCUUGUACAAGGAUGGCAUCCCAAGAAGCGACCGCACAUUCGAGCACGUCCGCGCGCUCGCCACCAAGUACCCUCGCUCCAAAUUCGUCGCCAUCGUCGGUAACAAGUGCAUCGAGAACCUCCCCGACACGCGCAUCCCCAUGUUCAUCAUCUACCGCAAAGGCGAGAUCCGCAACCAGCUGCUCUCAUGGGGCUCUGACAAAGAGCGGCGGAUGGAGGAACUCGAAGCACUUCUGAUUCUAUGCGGCGCCAUCGACGUCCCCGAGCGCCCACCAGCAAACCAGAACAAGAACGAUUCAGAUAUAGAGGAUGAGGAAGAUGAAGCGCGCGACCGGGAUCCGUCAUCACGCAUGCGUUCUGCUGCGACCAGCACCAACGCACGGACCCCCAAAAACGUCAGGGCUUCGGUCAAGGACGAUUCGGAUUCGGAGUUCGAGUUCGACAUGUAGACCAGAAAGUGUUUCUUCGGAGUAUUUUAUCUUAGGAUGUACCUGUAAUUUUGUAUCCUCUAGUCAACAGAGACAAUACCUCAGCGUCGUACUAGUGAAGGUGAUGCCCUACGCUGACCCAAAUUCUCAAGCCUCGAACUGUGAAGACAUUCAACAAAACAAAUUCAAAUUCGUCAGAAAUACACCACGCUGAAUCCCACGUUUGUUCCAGUACACUGCGCACGAUUAGAUGUCAUAUACAUACAUCAAGCUUCCUUCUCAUCCGCGGGCGCACCCUCUCCCUCCGUAGCUGCCAGAGCGCCCUCAGCGCUCUCCACAGGCGCCUCACCAUUCUCCGUCUCUCCCUCCUUAGCCUCGUCACCGUUCUUAGCGUCCUUGCUACCAAUAACAGUAGCAUUUAUCGUAAUCAUCACAUGCACUCUCUCCUUCUCCCCUCCACCCUCCGCACCCUCUGCGCUGGGCAGCUCGAUCGUAAGCCGCUUGUUGCCCUUCCACCCAUAGCUCCCCGUCGCGAACCCGCUCGGCACGAGCGCAGUUGUGCCUAGGAACCCCGGAUCCGCGUCCGUCGCUGGCACGCGCUCUUCCUCGCCGUCAGGGAUCGCAGGCGGUGUGUGCGUGAUAUUGAUAUGCAACGGCAGCGCGCGCGCGAGGAAGGCCGUUUGCGAGACGGAGGUCUUGAGCUUCGCAGUGCCUCUUGCCUGCUUACCCGCCGCGCUCUUCGGUUUCCCCGCAGCGCCGCCCUCAGUCUUGGCCGUCUUUGCACUACGUGUCUCGCGCUUCUCAGUGCUGCCAGCGGCUGCCUCGUCAGCGGUGCGUUUCCUACCUCCAGCCAUUAUGAUUGUAUAUCGUCAAAAGCGUUCGAGAGUUGGUUGAUGUUGUUGAUCGGUUCGAGGGAAUUUGUUCGGUGUACCGUUUCC